AUGUUUUUAGUGAGACUGCGGGAGGGUGAGAGACGGCCGAGUCGUCGUCGGUGUCGUCGUCGUCGUCGUCGUGGUCGGAGGCUGCACUCGCGGCAGCUCUGGAGCUAUCGAACCAAUGCCUUCCAGGCGUCCACCCUUCUAAUUAGCCGCCACCGCGCGCGUUCAGGAUGAAAUUAUCGCCACUGGACAAUGCGAUCCGACACUUGCUGAUCCUCAUCAUUCCGCUCGUCGCCUCGCCAGUGAGCAGUCUAAGAUGCGAGAUAUGCAGCUCAGACGAAAUGAGAGACGGCACCGCCCUAAUUAAGACGCAAUUCCCGAAUCUGAACUCGGUGCCCAGCUGCGGUUCUAAAGCUAUAAUUCUCGACUGCCCCUACGAGUCUCAGUCAGGAUGCCUCACUCAAACCAAAGGAAAACACAUGUCAAAAAUGUGCAGCAAUAUUCCAGUUCAAGACUGCCAGGUAGCCAACGGUGUGGAGUACUGCUACUGUCGAGGGGAACUGUGCAAUAAGAAGAAGCAAGCUGCGAGUAACCAAGUGCCAAAGCCGACGACGCGUCACCCGGCGCCCCCGGCGGCAGCACCGGUCCCCACGGCCUCCACGGCGCCGAGCCCCGUCGCGAGCAAGGCACCGAACAACGUGCGGGACGCGCGCAACAACGACGCCCACAAGGAGCCGCAGCCGUCGACCGCCAAGCCCGAGCGGCCCUCGGCGGCCGCCGCCUCUCGGAAUGCCGAUUUCGGCGUGUUGGCCGCCCUCGCUUUCCUUUUCGGCCGACAUAUCCUGACUUGAUUUUAAUUUUUGUUUCCGAACAGCAGCGCAAACAACAAUAAUAAUUUUGUGUUCAUGUCAAGUGGCAGGAUGCGAUGAAGGUCUGAUUUAUUUUUUUUCUGAGUUGUAUUUUUUUACUUUAGUCACGAAGCAGGACCAAUGCAGUUUUAUUGUCUGAUCUAGAUAAAUAUGUGAAGAUGUUCCUGGUGCAGUAUCGAUUUAAGAAAGAGGGAAUUACGUGUGGCUACUUCAACUUUCCACUUAAGGCCUACACAUUUAGCUGCCGACAGAUUUCUGUUUUGUUUUAGUUUCGCUCGGGAAAAGGAUGUAUGGAAACUCUCAAAUAAUGGCAGACGUGUAAAACACUCUACGAGGAAAUCAUUUUAACUCUCAAGAACAACAAAAAUGUACUCCAGUUCAGAUUUUAACUUUUAAAAGUUGUAAUUCCACAAGUAUAUAUUGAAGAUGAAUAAAUAUAUAGUAUACUUAUAGCGAUUUUACGAUCGUAGCCAGAUGAAAUUAUAUUUAUCCUUCUCAUUAUUACAAUAUUUUAAAUUUUAUACUUGCAACGUUGGAACAAACACUACUUCCGAUCAUUUCGACGUAGGCGAAGCUUGAUGCUAGAAAACUUGCUAAAAACGAACGCUUUCGAUUUUAAACGAUAGAAAUUCUCCAGAAACAAACAAAUUUAAGGGUAGCUGCGUGUAAAGCCAGUCAAAGGAGGAGUUAAGCAUAAGUUUUGUAUUAGCGAGGAACGCAUGAGCAGGAUAGCUCUGGUUUGCUUUAGCCUUGAGUCGAUUUUCGAUCAAAAUUAUAUUUUCUACCUUUCAAAUAAAUAAUGAAAAUCAAAAUUCGGGGAGGAAAUUUUCCAGAAUGCUCUACCUAUCUUGUCUCAUUGCCAAUUACUUAAAAGUCGUCAGAUUGUAUGUAUACAGAAUAAAAUGAUUUUAAAUUCAA